UUGUGAACUCCACAAGCUGGCAGAAGCAGAGUUUGCACAAUUUUCGCCAUUCGAAAAGAAAAUAAAUAAAUCGUUCCAAAAAAGUCGAUCAAAUUGAAUAAAUAGCUACAAAAAGAGCAAAAAUUUAUUGUAAAAAUUUUUGUUGAUGCAAUGUGAAUAAACCGCUUUUGUAUGAAUAUAGGCGAUGUAAAAAUAAUUUGGUCACGUUAUUUUUAGAAAUUUGUGAACAUAUAAAAAUCAUCGAAACUAUGUCCCUACUACGACAGUGUGGAGCUGCUUUGGGGAGGAGACAUGCAGUACAACAGUUUCUGCUGAGACCUCUCCUAAUUGGUUAUGAUAAUUGCAAUGUCUCGUCGUCGUUUCAGCCAACGCAUUCCUUUGUCCCAACAACCGGGUGUGCAGUGCGUGGUUAUAAAAAGUUCGGCCACAAAGAGGAACCAACUCCCCGCUUAACAAAAUAUUUCCACGCGUUUGUUGCCACUUUAUUUGUGCUAACGAUAUUGGACUUUAAAAAAAUAAAGAAAGCCAUUAUGCCCAAAGUGGACGCGGCGACACCCAAAGAGGAAGGUGUUCCCAAUAAAAGUAAUGAGGAAACUGAAGUGCUUAAUGAUGAAUCGUCUGACACGGAAUGCGCGUCGGUUGGCAAGUCCAAGCGCGAAAAAAUGGGCUUUCGUCAACGAAAGAUUAUUGAAUACGAAAAUCGUAUACGCGCCUAUUCGACACCGGACAAAAUCUUUCGCUAUUUCGCCACAGUACGUCUUACCACACCUACAACUUCGGAAGUCUGCAUGACUCCUGAUGACUUUCUGCGUUCAAUUUAUCCCGGCAUAAUGCAGCCAGAGGGUUUGGGUCUGGACCAGUAUCGGCGCUAUGAUCCUAAGGAUGUAUCUGAGUGUCUGAAACUGCAUUUGGAUGAGGACAGCAUAUUUUAUAAAUUAGGCUCAUAUGGGUUGAUUACUUUUUCGGAUUAUAUCUUCUUGCUGACCGUACUUUCAACUUCACGUCGUCAUUUCGAAAUCGCUUUUCAAAUGUUCGAUCUGAAUGGUGACGGCGACGUGGAUAGUGAAGAAUUUGAAAUGGUGGCCGAUUUGGUGCGCCAGCAAUCGACAAUAGGCAGCAGACAUCGCGAUCAUGCCGCCACAGGCAAUACGUUUAAGGGUGUAAACUCCGCUCUGACCCACUACUUCUUCGGCCCGAAUUUAGAUCAGAAGUUGACCAUUCAAAAAUUUAUACACUUCCAAACGCAGUUACAGCGCGAAAUUUUAACGCUCGAAUUUGAGCGCAAAAAUCCGAAUAGUGAGGGUCUCAUAACUGAAGUGGAUUUCGCCGAACUGUUGGUGGCUUAUGCUGGAUAUUCGCAUAAGAAGAAGGCGCGUAAAUUGAAGCGCGUCAAGCGUAAAUUCAAGGACAACAACUUGGGUAUCUCCAAAACGGACUAUCUCGAUUUCUUCCACUUUUUGAGCAACAUCAAUGAUGUGGACACCGCGUUGACGUUCUAUCACAUUGCGGGCGCCUCGAUUGAUCAGGCAACACUUAAGCAUGUCGCUAAAACAGUGGCAAUGGUGGAGCUAAGAGAUCAUGUAAUUGAUGUCGUUUUUACCAUUUUCGAUGAAGACAACGACAACCAGCUGAGUAAUCGCGAAUUCGUCGCAGUCAUGAAGAAUCGCCUGCAGCGCGGCUUGGAAAAGUCAAAGGAUACUGGUUUUAUAAAAAUGAUGCGCUCGAUGUUGAAAUGUGCCAAAGAAACAAAGCCGGUGCUUUUGGAUCUGUAAAACAAAAAUUUUAUUAAGAAUUAGGAGAUUAAUCUACGACUGCUGCAGUUUAAUGAAUGAAAAUUUUUGAUAAAUUGGUGCUACUUUUCGAAUGCACUUCCUUCCGCUUUAAUUCGGCAACCAGUUUUUUUCUACAUUUAUAGUUCCUUGUUGUAACCUAAAAUUGUUUUUAUUUAUUAUAUUUAUUUAAUAAAAAAUUUGCUAUUUUUUUGCGUUAA